AUGUGUUCAUCUAUAGUUGACAAAGACAGACAAAACGAACAUCGCUGUGGGGAAACUGUAUGUCAUAUAUGCAAUAAGUUUGUACUUGAUGAUCAUUUAUGUUUCAUGCAAACGGAAAACCCAAAACCCAAGAAUGAUAGUCUAAUAUUUUACGAUUUUGAGACAGAUUUUUCAACCGGAGAACAUGUGGUUAAUUUUGCUGUUGCACAAUAUUUAGACGGUACAGAAUUUGUUUUCAAGGGUUACAACGCAUUGAACGAGUUUUGUUCCUUAUUUUCAAGAGAACAUAAAGGUUUUACAGCAAUUGCCCAUAAUGCUAAGUCAUUUGACGGUGUUUUCAUUCAGAGAUGGUUAAUUGAAUACAGACCGACUGCAGAUAUACAUGUUAUUGAUUCGGGAAAGAAAAUUAUGCAACUGACAGUGAAAGAUUAUCAAAUCCGUUUAAUUGACUCGCUGAACUUUUUACAAAUGCCUUUAGCUAAAUUUCCUAAAACAUUUGGACUCGAUGAAACAAAAUUUUCCAAAGGUGACUUUCCGUUUUUGUUUAAUACAAUAGAAAAUCAAAAUUAUAUUGGCCCGAUACCUGAUAUCAAAUAUUACAGUCCUGAUUCAAAGUUCGAAAAAGAUCGCACUAAAUUGAUUGCGUGGCAUGAAGAACGAAAGAAAAAUAACUUUGUCUUUGAUUUCCAAAAGGAAAUGGCUAAGUACUGCUCUCAAGACGUUACCAUACUGCGUUUAUGUUGUUUGCAAUUUAGGGAUUUAUUUCUCGCAGAGACUAAAGUUGAUCCAUUCUGUUAUUGUACCAUUGCAGCAGCCGUAAUGGCAAUUUAUCGGUCAAAAUAUCUUCAACCGAACACAAUCGGAAUCGUACCGAAAAAUAUGUAUCGAAAUUCAAAUAAACCCUUCUCUCAAAGCGCAAUCGUGUGGCUUGAAUUUGUAUCUGCGCAAACUAACUGCAAAAUACAACACGCUCUCAAUGGCGGAGAAAAAAAAGUUGAAGAUCCGGAAUUAGGUAAAGUGUAUUAUGUCGACGGCUUUUGUGAAGACACAGACACUAUAUUUUCUUUUUAUGGUUGUCUUUAUCAUGCAUGCCCAUCUUGUUACGAUUUAAGAAACGAUCAUCCCUUUUUUAAUGAGAAACAGAUGGCUGACGUAUUUGAUGAAACAAUUAGACGACAAAAUAGACUUUUACAUUUGGGUCACGAGGUUAAGACGAUUUGGGAACAUGACUAUUGCAAACUUAAGGAAACGGACGAAAUGAAACAUUUUUUGGAUAAAAAUGACAUUAUAACAAAUCUUGAACCACGCGAUGCGUUUUUUGGUGGCAGAGUCAAUGGGUUUAAGCUAUUUAGGGACGCCCAAAAAGAUGAAACAAUUGAAUAUGUUGAUUUUACCUCGUAUCCUUACGUUAACAAAACAAAAGUUUAUCCUAUAGGUCAUCCAACAAUUAUUCGCGAGAAUUUUGAAACAAUUUCGAAUUAUUUCGGACUAAUAAAAUGCAACGUUUUAGCACCCAGAAAUUUGUAUCUUCCAAUUUUACCUGCACGAAUAAAAGAUAAACUCUUUUUUCCUUUAUGUAAACAGUGUGUUGUACAAAACUCUUCAGUGUGUACUCAUUCGGAAAAUGAGCGUGCUUUUUGGGGUACUUUUACCACAGUUGAAGUGUUGAAAGCUAUCGAAAAAGGAUAUAAGGUUAUUGAAAUUUUUGAAAUUUGGCACUUUGAAAACACAAGCUCGGAUUUGUUUUCGGAUUAUGCGAAUUAUUUUCUCCGUAUAAAGCAAGAGAGUUCAGGAUUUCCGAGUCGUAUACAAACUCCUGAGGACAGACAGAAAUACGUGGCCGACUAUUAUGAAAACGAGGGAAUACUGUUAAGGCAUGAUAAAAUAGAUUACAAUCCAGGCUUAAGAGCAUUGGCUAAGCUAUGCCUUAACAGCUUGUGGGGUAAAUUUUGUCAAAAAGACAAUCGACUAAAUACAGAAUUCAUUAAUGAUCCUCUACAUUUCUACAGACGUUUGAACGGGGCCGACAUUGAAAUUCACGAUCUCUGCAUCUUGAAUGAUGAUUUAGUCGAAAUUGUCUUUAAGAGAAAGCAUGAGUAUGAAGUAGAAAACAAACUAACAAAUAUCUUCAUAGGAAUUUUUACAACUGCAUGGGCUAGAUUAGAACUUUACAAUGUGAUGGAUCUGUUACAAGGUAACCUUUUAUAUUGCGAUACGGACAGUUGUAUUUAUGUAAAUAAACCGGGGGGUUCAAGGCCACUCUUAGGGGAUUACCUGGGUAAUUUAACAAACGAAAUCACUCAAGAACAUGGGGUAGGUAGUUACAUUACAAGAUUUGCAUGUGGGGGUCCAAAAAAUUAUGCGUACGUUGUAAAUAAUGGGAAAAAACUUUGUAAGAUACGAGGUUUUACUUUGAAUUUUAAAAAUAGCCAAAUUCUUAAUUUUGAUUCUAUGUAUGAAAUGGUUUGUAACUAUGUACGUUCAGAUGACGAAAAUAAGAAAAAUAAAAUAGAUGUUGUAAAUAACAGUAAAAUAACACGAGAAAAACGGACCCGUCGGCUUGUCAACAAGAAAGAAGUAAAGCAAUAUCAGAUCGUCUACGACAAAAGAAUAAUUGACAACUCUGGUGAAGACACAAUACCUUACGGAUAUUAUUGGUCACCAGCGUCUAACUCUGCUAGUCCGUCUGUAAAGCCCAUUAUACGUCUUCCAGAUUCAAUGCUUUAUACAAUGGUACAGCCCACGACAUUAGGGUGUAGAGUAAAUCAUAGCUGUGUUGAUGACAAAGCUAACGAUGGGACAUGUAGUGAUGAAGAAAUGGAAGACGUUUUGGUGUAUAAAGAUGUUGUUAAGGAUGGUGAUGACGGUCGUGGACCAUUACUUCUUUUGCAUUUGCACGAUAAACGAAGUAUGUUGGAUGUUGCAUUGCUUUUGACUCGCAGCUCUCAUAUUCUUCAACAAGACGACAUGAGUGACGAUCAAAGACAAAAACUUUUUAACGCAAACUUUGAACAAUUCCUUAAAUUGAAGCAACAGAAAGAUAAUCAGAUACCCAUGGUACGUGUGGUGGACACUGUUGAUGGGAAUGAAAAAAACAUAAUAAGUGACAACGAAAAUCAGACAUUAGCUGACUCUGUCAUUGUACAAAGUGUGCCAAAAACUAUGCGUGAGCGGGCGAAAGCAAUAUUGCAGCGCCUUAGAACACAGCCAAGUAUAAUAUCUUGGGACGGUUCUGGACAAGUCAAACUUGAGGGAGUCACCAUUCCGCAAUCAAACAUAACAGAUCUAAUUAGCGAUGCUGUGAGAGGAAGGAAAAAUUCAAUCCUAAAGGGUCUAAAGAAUUCUUUCGUGUUUUAUCAAAAAUAA